AUGUUUGAACACAGGAAGUGUGACGCAGACAUCGGCAACAGUGACGCAGACAUCGGCAACAGUGACACAGACAUCACGCAGACAUCGGCAACAGUGACGCAGACAUCGGCAACAGUGACACAGACAUCGGCAACAGUGACGCAGACAUCGGAAACAGUGACGCAGACAUCGGCAACAGUGACACAGACAUCACGCAGACAUCGGCAACACAACAGUGACACAGACAUCAGCAACAGUGACACAGACAUCGGAAACAGUGACACAGACAUCGGAAACAGUGACGCAGACAUCGGCAACAGUGACACAGACAUCGGCAACAGUGACGCAGACAUCACACAGACAUCGGAAACAGUGACGCAGACAUCGGCAACAGUGACACAGACAUCGGAAACAGUGACGCAGACAUCGGCAACAGUGACGCAGACAUCGGCAACAGUGACGCAGACAUCGGCAACAGUGACGCAGACAUCACGCAGACAUCGGCAACAACAUCACGCAGACAUCGGCAACAGUGACGCAGACAUCGGCAACAGUGACGCAGACAUAGGCAACAGUGACACAGAAAUCGGCAACAGUGACGCAGACAUAGGCAACAGUGACGCAGACAUCGGCAACAGUGACACAGACAUCGGCAACAGUGACGCAGACAUCGGCAACAAUGACAAGUCAUGA